GCUGCAUUAGCUCCUCCUCGUACAGUGAAGUGGUACCUGUGGGGACUACAUUGCCAAGGAACUAUCUGUGAAAUAUUAUUACCACAAAAGUGUACGUGUGUGUGUUUUGCUGUCCCACCUAACGGUUAACAUAGCGACACACGGCUCUCAUCUCAGAGGAACAAUUUCAGCGUACAGGACACAGAAAUCACAGAGGAACCGUGAAGCUAACUGUGGCUAACGUUACCCCCGCUUUCUGUUUCAGUGUUACUACUCCAGCUGUUGGUGCUAACGGUUCUCCCAUAAGAAGCUGAGCAGCUGUCAACCACCCUGACUGUUCAUCUGCCUGCCCAAACCUCUGUGCCCAAGGUCAGGUGGCUGCAUCCACCUUCUGUGUGAAAAUACAUCACUUUAAAUGGGAUGCAAGUGCGACUGUAGAGGUUAUUUUAUUGAUCUCCAGCAGAACACUUUGAACAGUUUGUAGCCUGCACUGGUGCAUCAAUGAACGAGGAACCACCUGAGACCCCGUUCCCCGGCAGUGAGCCUGUGGAAGAAGACGUGGAAGAAGAUGUGGAAGAAGAUGUGGAACAAAUCACAGACGAAAAAAGAGAAGAGAAGAACAGCAGCGAAGCAGAAAACACCUCUGAGUCGCCUCUAGCACAGGAGCCUGUGGCACUCCUAGAAAGUCCAGAGACAAAGGAAAACCCUAGCUCAGAUCCUGUGAAGGAAAUUCCAGGAGAUGCAAAAGAUGAGGCUAAGGCCACUAGUGGUGAGCCUCCUGUUGACUGGUUCGAGCCUCUUGAGGAUGAUGAUGAUGACUUUGGUAGGAAUGAAGAAGAAGAAAGCUUGGCAGGAGAAAGUGAAAAGAGCGAGAGCGUGGGAGGCGGCGAGCAGAGCAUGAAAAGGGUUUAUCAGCUUCAGUUUCCCCGCCGUAAGCGAACGCACCCUGAUGAAGGAUGGGACGAAUGGCCAAUACUGGGAGAGGGUUGGAAACGCAAAGAAGUUGUUCGGCGCUCAGGUUCCAGCAUAGGACAGAAGGAUGUUUACUACAUGAGUCCACGCGGUGAUCGAGUGAGAAGCCGAGUAGAACUGGCUGGAGUGCUGGAUCUGGACUUGUCAAACUUUGAGUACAAGACGGGAAAAUUUUACGAGGGAGAAGCGCCACCCGUUAGAAUUCGACACAGAGGGAAGAGAAAGAUACGGGAGCGCUCUUCCUCAGAGUCCAGCAUGAUGGAGAGAGGAGAGGGGGCCGACACUCCAGACUCACACCACAGGCUCACCCCCAUUCAGGGGCCCAAAACCUCUCCAUACAACCAGACGAGUCUCUCCGCGCACAGUACAGUUGCAAUUCCAAAUGCAAGCACCCGUAAGGAGGAAAAAUCAGAUGAAGAUAGGAUUAAACUUCCUCCUCCGUCAUCCUCCAGAGUGUUCUUGCAACCCGCCAUAAAUGGAGAAAUUGGGUCAGAGGAAAACACACUGGUCUGUGCCCGAUGUGGCAUUUCCUUUACAGGCACAUGGUAUGACAAACAAAGGAAAAGGCCUUGCUGUCCCAGUUGUUGGGCGGCCUCAAAGACCAAGGAGCAUCCAAUGGUUCGUUUCAGAAAGUGGAUUCCUUGUGGUCAAUGUGUGGGAUGCCUCAACACAAUGAAUUGUGGGCAGUGUGCAAACUGCAAGCACGGCCUGCAGAGCCCAGAGUCCCGGAAACGCAUAUGUCGGAAACGCAAAUGCAUAUGUCCAAUUCGCAAGAGCCCUGGAAGUGCUGGCUUCCUGCCACAGAGGCCUUAUGACAUUCCUGAAACGUUUGAUGAUAGCAUGAGUUUCCAGAGUAUACAGAGUGAAAUUACAGACUCACAGCACCCAAGUCUCAAAAGCAGCGACACAGAGAACUUCUCAGUCAACGUGGACCUUGAUGAUGACGAGGACAUGUCAACUGACGAUGACGAUGAUUGGCAUAAGAAGCGAAAGCGGCGAUCCUGUGGAGAGUGUAAAGCCUGUCUCUGCAGGAAAGACUGCGGCACAUGUGAUUUCUGCAUAGACAAGCCCAAGUUUGGAGGCAGCAACAAGAAGAGGCAGAAGUGUCGACUUCGUCAGUGUCAGAGACAGGCAAUGAGACACCUGCUGCCUUUCCAGAUGGGACAAGAGGUCUACGGGCCAGAAAGCUCAAUUCUGCCAGGCAGGCCUAGACCUCACUACACAUACAGUCGAAAGACAGGUUUUAAGAAAAACAAAGGACCACAAAGUGGCUUGGACUUCACUGACGACGAUGAUGACAGUAACUUACCUGCGAUGAGCUGGAGCGCAGAGGCCGCUAGUGGCAGCAAAUACAACUAUGAACUGAAUGUGAAAAACCCAUCAACUAUGCAGUUAAGUCAAAUUGAUUUCGGACAGCAGAAUGGACUGCCGGAAAGAGUUUCUCACAUCAGCAACCAUAACAACUCAGAAAUAAACCAGCUACACAGAUGGGAUGCAGAGAGAUCGUUCAUAGGCAGACAUGUUCGAAAGCACAUUGACGAUGAAGAGGACGAUGAUGAGGAUGAAGACGAGGUAGAAGAAGAGGAAGAAGAAGAGGAGUUGCCCAUGAUCACGCAGAUCUUCAGUCUGGCUGAUAACCCGUCUGGGAGUGGUACGGACAUAGAAGACCAGCUCAUGAAACUGCUACACUCUUUGCGCUCCUCUGUAAUGCCGAUCCUCUGGUAUGCCAUCAUGGUGGAGGGCCCGCAGCUGCAGCUCAUCCAGUGCUCAAAACAGUCCAGCCUGACCGACACCAUGGUGCUGAUCGACCCGGGCUUCUGCUAUCAGGUCACCGUCCAAAAGCAGCCGCUGCUGCCCACCCACCCGCUGUAUGACAAGUUCCCAGCACGCUUAACCUCUGUGUCUGACGUGGUCAGUCUGCUCUUGGGCCUGGAGAAGUACGUUGUGUGCCAGGGACUGCCCCCAAAAGAGCCGUUAUCGAGUAAAGACCCGAUCAUACUGGAGCGGGCAUCAACGUGUGAUUUCUUGGUGAAGAGAAGAGUGAGCAUCUGUUCCAACUGCAGCGCGCUGCGAGGACUUUAGCUUCGGCAGAUGGCCGAACCGAAAACACAGAGGGGAGAGAGACAGUUCUCUGGUUCAACUUUGUUUUAUUUUUGUUUCUGUUGAUCUUUUGGUGAUAAUAAAAAUGACAUUUUACAGAUUUACCUCCAGACAGUACUCAUAGGAUUUGAUUAUAUGAAGAUUCACCAAAGGCAUUCCAGGAGCUGUGACAUUAUACUCCAGGCGUUUGUACUCAGAUGUUCUCUGUUAUGUUGGCGUACGGCUUUUCUUCAUGACUGUUACGUCACAUUUUGGGCGUGUGUGUAAUGGGUAGAGCUGAAGUCCAUCAGCCCUCUGUGUGGUCCGUUUUCUGUUGGUUGAUUCACACUCUUACUUGAGGAAUCUAUCACCCUCACCCCUUCAAUGUUAUUACACUUGUGAGUAGUCAUUUAAACUCAGUUUAGUCUCUCUCGGCCCAAAAAUGAAGCUGAAAUGAUUAGUACUUUACCUUUUUUAUCUUUUCACCAGCAACGUUGGACACCAUGUCAACAAUGUCGUCACGGUUACCAGUGUAGUUAACCAGCAGCCUGAAGUGUUUGGACAAACUAAGUUAUGUUUGCAUCUUGUCUACCUCUUUCGUUUUAUAGUAAAAUGUAUAUUUAUAGUAAACUGCCCUGUGGAUUAUUAUUUUUAAAAUUGAGUCUAAGUAGAUGGAAGAAGC